AUGGCUAAAAAAUUUAAAUUGAAUCGAGAAUCUCGAGAUCAAAUCGAAUCAAUCCAUAACAACCUUUUGGAAAUGCAAAAUGAAAUACUUUUGGAUCCUUCAAAUGUUUCGCUCAAUGAUAUCCGAAUAAGGUUGAUAGGUUAUAGAGAUGAUUUAGACAAAAUAAUGUUGAAUUUCGAUGAACGGAAAAAAUUGGAAAAUUUAUGUUUUUCAAAAUUUGAUGGUCAACAGUUUUCAUUGCUUAAUCUGGAAACCAAAUGCAUAAAAAAUAUCGCUUACAAUCCGGUUGAAGAUCAUGACAGCCCAAUUAUAUAUCAUUCUGAAGGCUGCCAUGAUUUUCAUUCCAAACCAAUUUGGAAAAUAACAAAAUGUAUGCCGAAGCAUUUGAUAAUACCGGAAAACAUCGUCCAGAUUAAGCACGAUGAAGACUUCAUUUAUUUUUACUGUUACACUCAAAAUGUAACCUUAUUCGGCGUUCAACAACAAUGUAAAAAUAAAGUAUAUCAGAUUGAAAAAGAUCAAGAUCUGACGAUCAACAACAUGACCACCAAAUUCAUGAAAAUCAAUAUUCAAACAUCAUCAUUCAUCCAAACAGAUAUAAACCAACUAAUCAACAAUGUAAAAUUUCAAAAUUUUGAUGAUUCCAUAAAUUUAGAAAGGCUAGAUUCUUUGGUUCAAACAGAACACGAAAUGAUCGAAAGAAUGGCUGAAAAUAUAUUUAGUUAUCAUCAAACGAAAUUGAUUGUUAUUGGUUUUAUAUCUUUCAUAAUCAUUAUGUGUAUAAUUAUUUUUUUAUUUGCUUAUUAUUUGAUAAGAAUGAGAAAUUUUCAACGAGUUGCAAGAGAACAAUAUCAACUUGCAACAAUUCGUUCUCAUCGAAUACGCGAAUAAAAUUAUUCCAAAAAUACAUUAAUAACAUUGAACACAUUUUUUAAUUUAAAUUUC